AAAAAGUGUUAUCUUGAGAUUAAACUCCUUUUUUCUGCAGAUGUCCAGCAGCUGUUGGUGGUUCAAGAGGAGGUUCCCGCUGACCAGCAGGAGUGGAGCUCCAGUGUGGACCAGGAGGAUCCAGAGCCUCCAUACAUUAAAGAGGAGCAGGAGGAGCUCUGGAUCGGUCAGGAGGGGGAGCAGCUUCAAAGACAGGAGGAGGCCGAUAUCAUUAAGUUCCCAUUCGCUCCUGUCAAUAGUGACGAUGACGAGAAACCUCAGACCUCACAACUUUAUCAAAGACUUACUGAACCGGUGGAAAUAGAAGCUGAUUGGGAGGACUGUGGAGGACCGGACCCAGACUGGAACUCGGAUCCAGAUGCACAUUUACAGCCAGAGACUGAUGACAGUGACGGUGAUUGGACGGAGACCAGAGAAUAUCAGGCAGGUUUUAACUUUCUGAAAAAUUAUAAAUUCCACGUCGCUGAUUCGAGAUCUAAUUCCGAUGAGAAACCGUUUAGCUGCUCCGAGUGCGGAAAAAGAUAUUACCACAAGACGCACCUGAAGAGACACAUGAGGACUCACACAGGAGAGAAACCGUUUACCUGCUCUGUGUGCGGGAAAAAAUUUGCCGACAGCGGAAAUCUGAAGAUACACAUGAGGACGCACACGGGAGAGAAACCGUUUUGCUGCUCCGAGUGCGGGAAAAGAUUUAACCACAAGACGCAUCUGAAGAGACACAUGAGCACUCACACAGGAGAGAAACCGUUCAGCUGCUCCGUUUGUAAGAAAUCUUUUUCGCAGAGUGGAAAUUUGCACACGCACAUGCGAAGUCACACAGGAGAGAAACCUUUCAGCUGCUCUGUUUGUAAGAGAUCUUUUAAGGAGAGUGGGAGUCUGCAGAAACACAUGAUAAGCCACACAGGAGAGAAAUCUUUUUGCUGCAGUGUUUGUAACCAAAGGUUCACUUGGCGUAUCCAGCUCAUAAACCAUCAGCGCGCUGGUUGUCAGCCCUCACAGACUAAUGACACUCAAACUGAGGCGAACAAAGACGGAGAGCCUCCAGCCAGCAGCUCGGCCCAUCAGAUAAGAACAGAAGUUGAUGCAGAGGACUGUGGAGGACCAGAACCAGCCAGGGACUCAGAUCCAGAUAGACAUGUACAGCCUGAGACUGAGGACAAGACUGGAGACUCUCCUGAACCUGAGACUGAACGCUCGUGAUGAUUGGACCGAGACCAGAAAAUCUCAGUCAAACUUGAACUUGUUUAAAAAUGAUGAAGUGUGAUACUACUGAUAAAAAAAUGGUUAAAUUGCUCUGAGUGUUGUAAGAGAUUUGUCUGCUAAAGUCUUAACGAAAAACAAGGAUUCACACAGGAGAGAAACCAUUUAAUUGCUCCUUUUGUGGUCAGAGUUGGGUCGAUUUGUGGUUGUGCCGGUCUGGUCUGGUGUACGAGCUUAAACCUGUUUGAUUUUAUGCAAACCGGCUGCCCUGGCAUUUGUCGUUUUUCUUGCAAAUAACAAAAAUAGCAGACAUCAACAGUCCGUACAGACAGA